CAAAACAGUAUCUCUGCCACGCCCUAUCUCGAAAUGCCGUUUCGCACAUCGCUCAGGUAUUCGAUGUUUCGUGCGAAAUUUUCUGGACCAUUUUGAGCUCUCUCAGAGGUCAAUUGAAGAAGGAGAUUGAGGUCUUCAUGUCUGAGAUCUACUUCCCAAUCCUGGAGAUGAAGACCAGCUCUUUUCAGCAAAAGUUCACUUUCUUGGAAAUUCUUGGCAGAUUGUGCGUCGAUCCCCGAGCCCUGGUAGAGCUGUAUCUCAAUUAUGACUGUGACAGCGGUGCGGCGGAGAACAUCUACGAAAGAAUCUUAAAUAACUUGACGAAACUUGCAUCACUAUCGUCGCAACUGACGGCAGCACAACAAUGGCAACAAGAUCGGUUGCCGAUAGAGCACAUGAGUCCUGCGACAGAGCUGGACCAUCGCCGUACACCAUCUUUGUCAAUAAAAUCAAAAUCAAUCAGUCAAUCGACCACAGCAGAAGGCAUUGCAAUGCCACAAGAGUACCGUCUCGCUCAACUUUCACUGCGCUGUAUACUCGAUCUCCUCAAGUCACUUGUCAGUUGGUGCGAGCAAGGGGUAGCAUUGGCUAAGGAACAGCCCCUAUCACGUUCGGAUACGCCAGAUCGGCAUUCAGAGGAGGGACUCUCGCGACGGAACACGUCAGUGCGAUCGACCUUCCCUAAUGAAGGCGAUGCAGUCUCUCGCAUCGGCCAGCCUGUAGCAGGUGCUCUCUCAAUUGAAGAUGACCCAACUCAAUUUGAGACACUGAAGCACCGCAAAACUGCUAUCACAGAUGCUAUCAAGCUGUUUAAUGCUAAGCCCAAAAAGGGCAUUGCCGCGCUUCUCCGUCAGGGAUUGCUCAAGUCGAUGGAUUCUCGGGAUGUCGCCCAGUUUUUGCUCGAGACCGAAGGUCUCAAUAAGGCCACUAUCGGUGAGUUCCUCGGGGAAGGUGACCCGGAAAAUGUGAGCAUAAUGCAUGAUUUUGUGGAUCAAUUGGAAUUUACGGGCAAAGAUUUUGUCGAAGCGCUCAGACGCUUCCUUCAGACGUUUCGACUUCCGGGCGAGUCGCAAAAGAUCGACCGCUUCAUGCUCAAAUUUGCGGAUCGUUACUGCCAAGGUAAUCCGGAGGCAUUUGCGAAUGCUGAUACGGCCUACGUUCUUGCUUACUCGGUUAUUAUGUUGAAUACGGAUGCACACAAUUCAAAUGUUGCCAAGAACAGGAGGAUGACCAAAGCAGAAUUCCUCCGCAACAACUCGGGUAUCGAUGAUGGCAAGGACCUAGAUGCUACCAUGUUGGAAAAGAUAUUCGAUGAGAUUCAAAACCAUGAGAUCGUUCUAAAGGAAGAACAAGACGCAGCCCUGUUGCAGACCACUGCAAACGGCAAUGCCCAGGGCUUCAAUCUCUCUACCGCACUUGCGACUGUCGGUAGAGAUUUGCAGCGAGAAGCCUAUGUUGCGGCCUCUCAAGAGAUGGCAAGCAAAUCCGAGGCGCGCUUUCGCAAUUUGCUCAAAUCACAGAAGAAAUCGACGGUCAGCACUGCCAGCGCAAAGUAUUACAGUGCAUCUCAUUUUGAGCACGUCGGUCCGAUGUUCGAAGUGGUCUGGAUGCCACUACUUGCAAGUCUUUCUGGGCCCCUCCAGAGCUCUGAGGACAAAGACAUCGUCAAUGCUUGCUUGACAGCCUUCAGGCACGCCAUCCGCAUUGUCUGUCUCUUCGACUUGGAUCUACCCCGCAGUGCUUUCGUGCGCACUCUAGCAUGGUUCACCUCCCUCAGCAACUUGUCGGAAAUGAAGCCAAAACAUGUGUCAGGCAUCAAAAGCCUACUGGAAGUUGCUUUGUGCGAGGGAAACGGACUCAAAGAUUCGUGGAAGGAAGUUCUCACGUGUAUAAGCCAGCUCGAACGCUUGCAACUCAUUUGCGAAGGCGUCGAGCAAGACACGAUGCCUGAAGUGAGCCGUGUGUCUCAAGUUCGUCGGUCUACCGAUACACUACGAUCGCAAAGCUCAUUUCAAGCAAAUCGACCCCCGAAACGUCCGACAAAUAUCUCUCAAUUUGUCCUGCAAGAAGUAGCGGCGAGUGAUCUCAUGGUUGUGGUGGAUCGCAUCUUUGCCCAAAGUGCGAAUUUGAGCGGCGCAGCCAUUGUUCACUUUGUACGAGCUCUGAGCGCUGUAUCGUCGGAGGAAAUCUUAUCGUCUGCCUACACCGAGCAGCCGCGGAUGUACAGUCUUCAAAAGGUGGUCGAAGUGUCUUACUACAAUAUGCGGCGAAUCAGGUUCGAAUGGUCCAACAUCUGGCAAGUUCUUGGUGAACAUUUCAACGAGGCCGGGUGCAAUGCCAACCAGACGAUAUCAUUCUUCGCGGUCGACGCUCUGCGUCAACUCGCUUCACGUUUCCUCGAAAUUGAUGAGCUUCCUCAUUUCAAGUUUCAGAAGGACUUCCUCAGGCCUUUCGAGUUCAUCUUCGCGAGAAACCCAGCGUUAGAGGUCAAAGAAAUGAUCCUGCAAUGCAUCAACCAGAUGAUUCAAGCACGCGCUGACAACAUCAAGUCGGGCUGGCAAACCAUGUUCGGCGUCUUCACGUACGCCGCCUCGGAAAGUUCUGAGGCCAGUGUGAAUAUGGCUUUUGAGAAUGUGAAGAAUAUCUGCCGCGAAAAGCUGCCCGUCAUUCUUUCUCAAGGCAGUUUCCCAAGCCUUGUCUCUUGCUUGACGGUUUUUGCCAAAAACCGGCAGCAUCAACGUACCAGUUUGCAAGCACUCGAUUGCCUGCGAAACACGGAGCGAUCAUUGCUCAUUUCACCAGAUGCUCGCGCUGUCGGAGGGCUUGACUCAAAUACUGACGAGCGUCUAGUCCGGCAUUGGUUUCCCAUUCUCUAUGGGUUCCACGAUAUCCUGAUGACUGGUGAAGACAUGGAAGUCCGUUCGCGUGCCUUACAGUACCUGUUUGAAGCCCUCACAGAGCACGGAUUUUCCUUUACACCCGAAUUCUGGGACAUCAUCUGCAGACAGCUUCUCUUCCCAAUCUUCUUCGUUCUCAAACCCGAAAAGACUAAGUUGAAGGCCGAGGGUAACGAAGAUUUGUCAAUUUGGCUGUCGUCCACCAUGGUGGAAGCACUACGCAACCUGGUCCAACUGUACACGACUUUCUCCGCACAGCUUGAGCACAUGCUUGGUGGCUUCUUGGAUCUCUUGUCUUCAUGCAUCUGCCAAGAGAAUGACACACUCGCACGAAUAGGGAGUGCUUGCUUGCAGCAGCUCAUUAUUGAGAAUGCUGAACAUUUUACACCAAGUCAUUGGGCACGAAUAAGCAGCACUCUUGAGCAACUGUUCCGCACAACAACUGCUACACAGCUUUUCCAGCAAGGUCGCAAUGUUGCUGGUAUCAAGGAAAGGAAACCGGCCUUGUCAACAGUCAACAGCUCAGCAAGUCUCGAUGAUGCAAUAGACGGCACGCUUGGCGACGCAGCCUCAAUGAUGGAUGCAAUGACAGCGACAUCUGGCCGUGCAUCAUAUGAUCCAGAUCUUGUCGUCCCUGCUAGUAAGAAACGCGAAUUCAAAGCUCUGAUUGUCAAGUGCGUUCUGCAAUUAUUGUUGAUUGAAGCUGUAUCGGAGCUUCUUAAUAGGAACGAGAAGGUCUUCAGCGCGAUGCCCCGCCAACACGUCUUCGAGAUUCUGGAUCUGCUGCGAGAUAGCUGGCAAUUCGCGCGCAGCUUCAAUGCCGAUAGAGAAUUGCGCUUGUCACUUUGGAAAGCGGGUUUCAUGAAGCAGCUUCCUAACCUGCUACGUCAAGAAGUGGCAAGCGCAUCCGGCUACAUCAACAUACUACUGAAGCUUCUGAUGAGUGAUACUGUGGGGAAAGACGUGCAGGAGUCGCAAGUCGUGAUACAACGAUUCUUGGUGAUAUCCCGGCAACUCUUGGGCGACUUUGCCCGUUUGGACCUAGAUGCCCAUGCUAGGAAUGUCAAUGCAUGGCGGCCUUUGAUCUGUGAUCUAUUCAGAGGCUAUCAAAGCCUCCCAUCCGGGCUCUUCAGAAGGCACCUUGACAUUUUCUACAAUUAUGCGACAGAAAUCAUCGGCGGGUUACCGCUCGAAGGCGACUUGCAGGCUUGCAUGGAGGCUUUCUUGAAGCGCGUCGGCGAGGAUGUGCUGUUUGUCAAAGGGACUGCAGCAGGUGUGGAUGUUAAUCUGCGCAGCGAAGUCAAUGAGAAGUCGUAGAGCAGCCCACACAGAACUCAUCUGGUUGCACUCGGGUCUUCGGAGUAUUGAGCGUGAGAUAUUUCUGGAGGAGCAUCAGAUUACCCAGGUAGGCUUAUGUCAUGCGAAAUGUCAAUGAGCCAGCGGC